AUGAUAUCUACCGAUAAGCCUUCGAAUUUUUCUCAUCACAAUCAAAUCCUCUCGGUUGGUUUGACAGCUUUGCGCACUAUCGGCCUAUGGGAAGCGACCAACCGAAGCUGGUACCGUUUGAUGGUGCUUUGCCUUGCGCUAAUUUUGCUUCCUCCGAAGGUGAUUUUCGGCUCCGGUAGCGCUACGUUCGAUUCCUUUGUGCGAAAUUUGUCCGAGAUAAUAUUCAUAUGCGAAAAUUGUGCUUGGUUAAUUAUUUUCACCUACCACCGGGACUCGUUCCGGAUGCUGGUGGAGCUUUUGAACAACUUCGUGAAUCGAGAGUGGCCCAGUGAAAUGCGAACUCAAAUGGCUGCAUUCAAUCGGACGAUGAAUAAGUCGGCGAAGCUGUAUGCGGUUUUUGUCAGUGCCGUUACGAUAUUUUUUAUUGUCCUUCCGGUUGUGUCCAGUGUGGUAAGAUUUUACGGCCUGAACAUCCGACGAGAUUUGGGAUCCUACUUCAUUUACACCGCCUUCAGCAUUGUAGUGGCAAUCUGCUGUGGAUAUUGUGUGUUGCUCAAAGGAACGAUAGAUCAGGUUUUAAUCCAGUAUGGGUCUAAAAUGUUCGAAAUGGUUUCCAAAAGGAUUGAAGCGAUGCAGCAACUGGUGGACUCAAAUAAACGUCGAAGCGAAUUUCGGAGGAUCAUAGAAUUGCAUAAUCUAUCAUUGGAUUAUUUGCAUUAUUUAGAAUCGACUGUUAGCAUUUCGUUACUCGCCACAACGAUCAGUUGUAUGCUUAUGUGGGGAUUGAUGAUGUUUUAUCUUUCCAAUAAUUUCAGUGGGCCAAAUGGAAUUAGUAUUCUUUCAUCCUUCAUUGUGCUGCUGGAAGAAAUGAUAGUGUACAGCAUUAAUGGUACCCUUUUGCAGAGCAAGGCUGCCGGCAUAUCUAGCGCAAUGUACACAUAUCCAUGGCAUAGGGAAUCGGUCGUCAUGCAAAGGGCAGCCAAAUUUGUAAUCCAGCGAGCUCAGCGACCGGUCGGAAUAACGGCUGCCCGAUUUCACUACAUCGAUCUGAAACGGCUGGGCUCGAUGGUUCAAGCAAGCUACUCGUACUAUUUGCUUCUGAAGGACAGAUUUUAG